AUGAGCGACAUCUCCACCGCCCCAACCCUCAUCCCCUCCUCCCCCCAAAACACCAACCAAACCCCCACCCUCACCAGCAAAGAACUCCAAACCCUGCACGACCUGCAAGCCCUCCACUCCAUCCAAUCAGAACUCCUCCACGAUGCGCCCGCCCCCUUCGAAGAAGACCCGGACCUCAGCAGGACAGCCGUGAACAUCGACACGCUGCUGCGCCAAGCACAAAGCAUGAUCACGACGCUGGUGGCCGAGAAGCGCGGGAAGAGUCGGCGGAUACGCGUCCUGGAGGAGGAAUUGCAUGCGGCGAGGGAGAAAGGGCGAGCGUUGGCGGCUGAGGCGAAGGCGAAAGUGCAAGCGCAAGCGCAGGUGGAGGUGGAGACGCGGGGGGAAUUAGAGGCGAAGGUGAAAGCUAGUGCGGAGGAGGUGGUUGCGGCGAGGACGGUCGCGACGGAGAGGGAGGAGAGGGUGAAGAAGCUGGAAGGGGAGGUGAAGGGGAUUGGGGAGAAGUUGAAAAAGGUGGAGGGGGAGCGGGACGAGAAGGUGAAAGGGGUGAAGGAGCAGAUGGAGAGGAAUAAGGGGUUGGAGAGGGAUGUGAAAGCGAAGGGGGCGCUGGUGCAGGAUCUGACGGCGCGGUUGAAUCGGAAGAAAGGCGAGGGGAAGGAGCAGGCGGCGAAGUUGGCGAAGGUGAUGGCGGCGAAUGAGGAGCUCAAGGGGGCGCUGAGCACGGCGAGGAAGAGGGCGGAGAGUGCGGCGCAACGGGCACAGGAGGCGGAGGAGCAGGUGAAGCUGGAGAGGAAACGGAGACGGAAGGCCGAGAAGGAGUUGAAGGGGGAGGAGGAUGUUGGACAUGGACAUAGUCAUGGUCAUGGACAUGGGCAUGGGCAUCGAAGGGAGGUGUAUAGCAGCGUUCCCAGGAGCAAGUCGUCGGUGAUCUCUCGCAUGUUCCGAGGCGUUUAG